AUAUUUAUAUUCAAAUAAAAUAUAACAACCAAUAGACAAAAUAAAUAAAUAUAAUAAAUAAAAUAAAAUAGCCCCCCUUCUUUGAUAUUUGCCUGCACGUCCCCAAAAAAACAAGUAGAGAAUAAUAAUAAUCACAUCAGAUUUUGAUUAAAACCCUCUCACUAAUCACCUUCUUAAUCAUCCCCCCUUCCCCUCCAUCCCCUGCAAAUAAAUAAAUAAAUAAAAAUCAUCCUCUGCUCUCUGUUUCCUUUGGCGAAAUCGGGAAAUCAUGCACCACCGUAGAGCAGCAAUUCAAGAAUCGGACGACGAAGAAGAUGAGACUUACAACGACGCCGUUCCUGAGUCCCCUUCUUCUUGCGAAGACUCCAAGAUCUCCAAACCAACUCCAAAGAAAAGUAGGAGGAACGUGGAGAAGAGAGUUGUCUCAGUUCCGAUUGCUGACGUGGAAGGAUCUAAGAGCAGAGGAGAAGUAUAUCCACCGUCCGAUUCAUGGGCUUGGCGAAAAUACGGACAAAAGCCGAUCAAAGGCUCGCCUUAUCCCAGGGGAUAUUACAGAUGUAGUAGCUCAAAAGGUUGUCCGGCGAGGAAGCAGGUGGAGAGAAGCCGUGUUGACCCUUCGAAGCUCAUGAUUACUUACGCCUGCGACCACAACCACCCUUUCCCUUCCUCCGCCGCUAACAACAAAUCCCACCACCGCUCCUCCGUCGUCCUUAAAACAGCCAAGAAAGAGGAAGAAUACGAGGAGGAGGAGGAGGAGGAACUAACCGUAGCCGCCGUAGAGGAACCUCCGGCGGGAUUAGAUUUGAGCCACGUGGACUCUCCGUUGCUCUUAGGUGGCUGCUACAGCGAAGUUGGCGAGUUCGGGUGGUUCUACGACGCGUCCAUCUCAUCAUCAUCUGGUUCUUCUAAUUUUCUCGACGUAACGCUAGAGAGAGGUUUUUCAGAAGGCGGAGAGGAAGACGACUCUCUGUUUGGUGAUCUCGGUGAUUUACCUGAUUGCGCCUCCGUGUUCCGCCGUGGGACGGUGGCGACGGAGGACCAACAUAGGAGAUGCGAUUUUGGCGCCAUUCCUUUCUGUGAUAGUUCUAGAUGAGUGUAUGUGUGUGUAGCCAAAACAAUUUUUUUUUUUCCACUGUAAAGGUGUAUCAAUGGUGGAUUCAUAUGAUUCGUUUAUAAAAAAAAGAAACCCAACUAAUAAAGUAAUAUCAUUUGAGAGAA